GAAUUUGGUGUUGACAGGAUAGGAAAAAACUUAAAAUCAUAAUUUCCAAUAAAGAGAAUUUUCCAUAUAAAUAUGUUUCAACUUACAAAACGUGUCGCUGCUAUUAAAGCUGCAAGUAAUCCAUUAUACUCAAGACGUUACAAAUCAUGGUUCGCGGAUGUGAAGCUGGCACCACCCGAUCCAAUACUCGGUAUCACCGAAGCUUUUUUGAAGGAUAAAAAUCCCAAAAAAACUAAUUUAGGCGUUGGAGCAUAUCGAGAUGACGACAGCAAACCGUGGGUUUUGCCCAGUGUGAAGGAGGCACAAAAUCGCGUUAUAGCCAAAAAUAUGAACAAGGAAUAUGCGCCGAUACAUGGUUUGGCAGAUUUCUAUAAUAAAUCAGUAGAAUUGGCGCUGGGAAAAGAUUCGGAAAUUUUGAAAAAUAAAUGCAAUGCAACAGUGCAGAGCUUAAGUGGCACCGGCGCCUUACGUGUGGGUGCCGCAUUUUUGGGACUCUUCUGGAAGGGUGAGCGCGUAGUGUAUUUGCCCACACCCACAUGGCCGAAUCACAAACCGAUUUUCAUGCAUUCCGGUUUGAAGGUGGCCAACUAUGGUUACUAUGAUCCAAAUACGCGUGCGCUGAAUGAGCAGGCGCUCUUCGAGUCGUUAUGUAAAAUACCCGAACGUUCAAUUGUGCUGCUACAUGCGUGCGCGCACAAUCCCACCGGUGUGGAUCCGAAUUCGGAGCAAUGGUGUGAAAUAUCGCACAUAAUGAAAUCACGUCAUUUGUAUCCGUUCUUCGAUUUGGCAUAUCUGGGUUUCGCCAGCGGUGACAUUGACAGAGACGCGGAAGCGGUACGCAUUUUCAGCGCCGAAGGACAUCAAUUUGCUUUGGCACAAAGUUAUGCCAAAAAUAUGGGUUUAUAUGGUGAACGUGUCGGUUCAUUUACUUUUGUUUGCAGCUCUAAGGAUGAGGCGGAGCGUGUGACAUCCAAUUUGAAGACCAUUAUACGACCCAUGUACUCGAAUCCGCCCGUGCAUGGUGCACGCAUCGCAAUUGAGAUAUUUAAGGAUGAGAAACUCUUCUGCAUGUGGUUGGAUGAUUUAAAGACAAUGGCUACGCGUACCAUCACGAUGCGUAAGCAGUUAAAGGAGACAUUAGUUGCACUCGGCUCGAAGCAGUCAUGGGACCAUAUAACCAAUCAAAUCGGCAUGUUCUGCUAUACAGGCUUGAAGCCGGAGCAAGUGGCACGUCUUAUAAAGGAUUAUAGUAUUUAUAUGACAAAGGAUGGACGCAUAGCAGUAGUCGGACUGACAACGAAGAAUGUCGCUUAUGUUGCCGCAUCCAUUUAUGCCGUAACCAAGUAA